UGUGGCUGGGUAAAGUUUCCUUGACAACAAAACACAUGGAGAAGGAGCUCCUCUUCCCGGGACAGUAACAUCAAAGGACUAUCAUGGGAGACAAGAACGUAGCACAGUCUAGAGCUGCUUACAGGGAGUGCAAUCAGGUAGUCCAGGAGGAAAUAUGGAAAGAGAAUGUAAAAAAGGAAGAGGUGGCUGCCAAAAAAUGGGAAAAGAAUUGGGGGUUCAUGGCAGAGCUUGACUUAAAGGGAAAUCCAGUGAAGAGAAGAGAGCCUCCAAAGAGUGGCGGCUCAUUUUACAAGAAGAGUGGGCUACCUGUUACUACUAGUCAGACGUAUGGGAUGCAGUCAAGGAGCACUCCUUUUAUAAUGAAAAUUGAAAGACUUGGAAGUCACCACAAAAGAAAAACUGACGUUGGUACAAUCUUUUACUAGCAAAUCUAAUUCUAAAUGUGUUUUCAAACCUGCAUGAAAUGAUAUUUUUAAAAAAGAAAUUUUCUGACUUAUUAUGUGUAUUUAGUGUACAAAGAAUCAUGUACUGAU